GUGUAUGAGCUUGAUUGUAAAAACAAUGGAAAUUGUAUUGCAUUUAUUUAUAUUAUAUGUCAUAAAAGUUAAAAUCUGGUACUAGAGAAUUGCCUGUACUCACUUUAAGAAAACUUUUUUUUUUUUAGUUUUUUAAACUUUUUAUACAUUCCUUCAAAAUUUAAUACACCUGUAGGCAGCCUAGAUCAAACAUAUCAAGCAGGAUACUAGGGGAGGAUGAUGAUUAUAAUUUGAAUAUCGGACUAUCAUGAUGACAAGAAAAGUAUAAGGAGUUUAAUUUUUAAAAAAAAAACGUAUACAUGUCUAAAUACUGAUAGUUCAUUUUUAUUUUUUCUAAGCAUGGGAUAUAAUUCAAGACAUGAGUCAGUGUCAGAUAAAUUAUAAAAGUAAACUUGAGUAAAAAAAAAAAUAAAUAAUGCAAAAACUUGGUAAUCGUCCCUCUUGUGUUUUCAAGAAAUCACUACUUUUAUUCACUUCCAAAACACCAAUUAAUAAAAUGGACAAAGUUGAUGACAAAUCAAACACUUGUGUGGCAUCAGAAAAAGAUGAGAAUUUGAUAGUUAACAAAGAACAAAGUAAUUCUUUUGAUGACAAGAAUUGGUUGUGUUCUGAUCUAAAUGUUUUCCUAGAAAGUGUAGAUUUAAAAAGACUUGAUGAUAAAGAAAUAUGUAUACACAAAAAACAUCAAGAAGCCUUAAAGAAUAUGAAAGAAACAUACAAAGAUCCAGAGACUGGUUAUAAAGUUUUCACAAGACUUGCACAUUUGAAAAGAGGGAACUGCUGUGGCAAUGCAUGCAGACAUUGUCCAUUUGGCCAAGUAGCUGCACCAGAAAACAGAAAGAAGAAAUUCAACACAGCAUUCUAUUACUAAACAUUUAUCUCUAUUAACUAAUAUAUUUUAUCAUUAUUUCAAUAGAAUAUUUAAAAGCAUUUUUCUUCAUUCCAAAUAAUUAUUAAUAAAGUUCCCUUUCAGACCAUGUGGUCUAUAGGGCAGAUGAUGCUAUUAAACACAAGAAAAAGUACAAUUAAACAAGAGGUACUCUAAAUGUAGAUCAAUUUUUGUAUGUUCAGUUUUUUCCGGCAGCCGUAAGUGAGUUAGAUUUACAAUAAAGCAAAAGUGGGUGUAAAACAUAAAAAAAAAAAAACAGCCGGAAAGUAAAAAGUGUGUCUAAUUUUUUAAAAUGUUAAAAAAAGUUUAUCAUUUUCAUUUUAAUUGCUUAAACUUACAGUAAGGAUAUUUACAGAAUAGAAUAAAAUAUCUUGAAGUCAUUAGGAAAAUGCUUUUACCUUAUUUGUGA